AUGGCCUCUCGUCGAGACGACGAUCGCAGGCCGCCGCGCCCACCACCCAACGACCAUGACCGGCGCCCUGCCGCCUCGUUAUCGUCCACUGCCGCCGCCGACCGCGUCCGUAGCCGCCACCAUGCCGCAACGACAACAACCGCAGCCGACCGCAUGCCCCAACACGUCCUCGACGUCAUCGACGCCGCCGCCGCCAACUACCGCCGACUCCAGCAGCGCGUGUGGAACAAGCAGCGAGCCGUCGAACGCCUCCUCCAGCGUGCCCCCAAGUCGCUCGCGUCUAAGAGUGAUGUGCACGUCUCGAAAGCCCUCGCAGCUGCGCGUCCCGCGGAAGUGGAAGAAAUACGCCGCGCGUUUGGCCAAGCAAGGGAUGGAGGCGUCGAAGCCAUGCAUAGGAUCAUCGGCCAAGUCGCGUCCGCCGAAGCCACGCACGCUCAAGCCGAAUUGGGAUCCGUGCGCUCAACGACUGUAGCCGCCAUCGAGGACUUUUUCCGUCGCGCGAGCCUGGCCGCCACGUCCGACACCGCCCCAUCGGGGGUCGAUCCUUCAACCACGACCAUCAACCGAGGGGAGGCCCCGGCUGGAGAUGCCGGGGGGCUGCAUCCAUUAUUUUUCACAAUGAUGUCAGCUUCCAUAUCUCUCCUCGACUCCAAGAUCCAAGACGCCGAGCUCUCCUUUGCGAUGUCCCUCGCUACCAAGGCGAUCAAGGCCGAAGCCGCCGCUGCCAAGAAAGCCGCCGCCGCUGCCAUGGAGGUCGACACCCCCAACGACGUCAUGGUCGCCGACCUGGUCAAGCGCGAGAUCACCAAGUCCACGGCCGCCCUGCGCAAGGAAGUCAACCAACUACGUGCAGCGUUAAACGUCAAGGCGGGCCGUCCAGGGCAAACGACCCAAGCCAAGACCAAGCCCAAGGCCAAGGCGCCAAGCGGUGGCGCAAGAGCCGUCGAUCCACCGCGCGCCAGAAGCAACAAGCCACCAAGGAACGCGACCGCCAAGCAAGCCGCCAAGCCUCGCGACGCCAAGAACUCCAAGUCCAAGCGCGAAGACACCAAGAAACGUACCAUGAAGCAAUAGCUAAGUUAAAUAGACUAGCUAAUCGAGCUGUGUUUGACCCA